AUUAACUGCGUAAUCACUGCCCAUAUUCUACGACAUAACUUACCCUGUAGCUUACUUAAGGUGGUGUUGCAUAGCAAGUCGGGGGAUAUUUUCGAUUUGCGGUGCGUAGCGAAGGCGCCGAGGAGCGUAGCGACGAAUGCCGCUAGCCGUGUAAUCACUGCCCACAUUAAAAGAGCGUUAAAAUAUUUUUUUACGCGCCUAAGCGUAUUAACGUAAAAUAGCAAACUUCGCAAAUUUAUAACUUCAAAACUUAUAAUUUCCGAAAAUUUAUUUUUGCACCAUCGUUCUAAACUUGUCGAAUUACAUAUGUUGCUGAAAAAAUAUUUAAAAAUUUGUUAUUAAGAGCGUUAAAAUAGAGCGUUGCGCGCAUGAGUAAACACCGAAAAUAGCGAACUUCGGAAGUCCGUAACUUCAAAAAUAAUCAUUUCCGCAAAUUUAUUUUUGCACCAUCGUUCUAAACUCGUCAAAUUACAAAUGUUUAAAAAAAAAAAAGUAGAAAAUUCAAGGAGCCGCUAAACUAGAUUAGUUCCAAAGUAAGUUAGAAAUUCUUGCCACUAUGCAUUUGUUAAUAAACAUACUAUUUUCAGCUAAUUAAAAUGAGCAAAUCUAACAUAAGCAAUGGUGAAGUAGAUGUUAUCAAUAAUAACAAUGAAUAGAAGUUAGUGGUAAACAUAAAAUGGUGACCAGAAGAACAGUUAUGGACAAAACUCCAUUGUCUGAGAUAUUCUGUGGGCAGCUACGUACUCGCACAGUGAUAAAUGGUGAAAAUGAACCGACUGAAAAUAUUGAACCUUUCUUCACACUUAAGCUAGACAUUGGGAAAGCAAAAUCUGUUCGGGAAGCUUUGGACAUGCUAGUCAAUAAAAACACACUCAAAGUAUUAACUUAUCCGAAAACCAACCAUGAACUGUAUGCAUAACAACAAGUUACUAUUGAUGAGUUACCUUAGGUUUUAUUAUUGCGUCUUAAAUGUUUUGAAUUCAAGCAACAAAAAACUGACUAAAAUUGUAAAAAGUGGUGAGUUCUCUGUUGAUCUUAAAAUUGAACCUAGUACUCAUUGCUGCAUACCAACUAGCAUAUGAAUUAAGAUGUAACCACAUGGAAACAAUAUUUAUAUCUGUAGUUGAUAAGUAUGGUCGUGAUUUUUAUCCAGAAAACUUACAAAAACUUAUCUAGUCUGAAACUUAUAUUUGAUAUUCUUCAAGACUUUUUUUACCAUUCAAACCGUGAAGUCUGCAAUGCCGCAUUCGAGAAACACAAUUUCUUUUGCCUUCUUCUCAUCCAAACCAUGUAUAGUCAACAAAAUAAGAUCAACUCUGGAGCUAAUGGUUAUGGAAAUAUUGAAUCGCCAACCAAAACUCCAUUGCCCUAUGUCCAGACUUAUAAAAGAACUGGUUGUAUGGCAGCAUUUGAAUCAUUUACUCAAUUUGAACAAUAUUUGGAUGAAAUCCGGGUUAUUAUGGAAGAUCCAUCUUCUCCUAUAUAUGUUUCACCGAGAAUUGUUGAUGCCCUCAAAAGUGGAAGUAAAUGUAGAUUACGCUUGUCCCUUAAUGUGAGCUUGUCUCUUGGUGAUCAAUGGCCCCCAGAUCAAGAAACCGUUGAGGGCUUAUAUCAAAAAAUUCCAAGAUUAACGUGAAAACUAGACAGUAUACACUCUUUGCAGUUGUUUAUCAUAAUGGUAAAGAGGCAAACAAAGGUCACUACUUUGCUGAUGUAUUCUAUGUGGCGCUCGGUUGAUGGUUACGGUUUGAUGACACGUCUGUACGUUUUGUCACCGACAAAGAAGUUAUGUCAGUCAAACCCCUGUGUAUGCCGUAUUUGCUGUACUACAGAAGAAAUUACACAACUGCUGCACUGUCUGCUGAAUAAAGGCAGAUAGUUUGUUAUUUUUACAGACAUUUUGCUCCAAUGAUGAAAUUGAUGAAUAAUUGGAGAACGCGGCCUCAUUGGAGUAAAUAAUAUUAUCCAUUUAUUUUACAUCAUACAUAAUGUGACGCAAUGCUGCUGUGGUACUGUGAGAGGAGUUUGGAUGACUAGUACAAACCAGAGGUCGUUAUCAUAUAAUGACAUAAUUAAUAUAAUACAAUGUUAAUAGUUUAUUAACAAUGUUCCACAAUGUAUAAGAUUUAUGAGGAAAAGAGUUUGGUACUGUAUGGUGCGAACUCGAAGAUAACACCUCCGUCCGACUGGUUGUAGCUGGUGUCUCCGCCUGCGGUCCUACUCAGGACCACGACUCAGCGACCAGUCAAGCAGGGAGCUUGAAUGUUUGAAUGUUCCAUUCUUACUACAACUGAUAAUCUAAAUUCACUCUUGCGAAAAAUAGGUUCUUAAAUGUGUAAUAGUAGAUACAAUAACAAAUAAGAAUCAUCAAUAUUUUUAACAAAUUCAUUGAUAUAAUAUCAUUGUAUAAGAAAAAAACAUUCGGAGCGGAGACGGUUUGUCAGU